CAUUUAAAGGUAAUUAUUCAUAGUGUAGUAAAACCAUCAAUAGGGCUGAUAAAUAUAGUCUUUCUUGUACAAUCAGUCACUUCAUAGUUUUGAUGGUUGCAAAAUAAAUUUGAUUAGGAAUUCUGAAAGCUGAGUAUUUUUGUUAUUGGAAUGCAGGUUUUUUGGUAACAAAAGCUGAUCUGUAUUGCUUUUAAUUGCAAACAUUUGCUUUCGCAGGUAUCAAGUAUUCUAGAAAUGACGCUUUGUGCAGUCGUUGUACUUGCCGAGGUAGUUUUGAGAGGAGAAGAAAGAAGAAACAAGGGUAAGCUGGAUUCAUAGUACCUUAUUUUUUACCAAGAAACUUUCCGCUAUCGAUCUGACAUUCGAACUUAAGAUGCUACCUGUAACUACUAGUCUGGCGAUUACCUUUAUGGUACAGAUUAUGUAUGUUCUUGCGUUCCGGUUUUCAUCAACACCAUGCCCAAAUCGACACUAUUGCUACUCGGCAGAAAUAAAAUACAUGGCAUUUAAUGCUUUGAACAAUACCUAUCUAAAUAGUUCACAAGAUAUCAUAUCAACAUAUAUGGCAAAGAGUCCAGAACAGUGCAUGGGGGAUUGCACAAAAGAGAAGAAAUGUCAGUCUGCAAAUUAUUAUGCCAGAGCUAACAGGUCAUCAAUGUUUUGCGAUUUAUUGAGCACCAAUAGAUGGACUGAUGGAGAAAACGUCACUUGCAGAAGCAAUUCUACACAUUAUUUUGUUGAGAAUACAUGUCGCUCUAACCCUUGUAAAAAUGGUGGACAAUGCAUAUCGCUGUAUCAGGAAGGAGCAUAUGUGUGCAAAUGCAAGAGAUAUGGGCAUACAAAAAGGACUAAAGGGUUUCAUUGUGAAAGAAUCGAAGUGGCGGAGGAGACAUCAAACUUAUACCUCAGCUUCGAUAAAGAAAGUCAGAUCCUUGGUGGCGGUAGAACAAAAAUCCACGGAAAAGCGAUGAUUUUGCCUGUGCCAAACAGACUGUCUCCAGUUGCUUACCUGCCUGGUAGAAAGGAGCAUUACAUUCAGUAUUAUGACUUUAACAACAAACUCUGUAUCAAGCACAUACCGAACUGCAGAACAUCUCCAAAUGACGGAUUAUCAGUAUCUUUGUGGUUCAAGAUCUUCAGAAGGGCUCAGAUUGAAUUCAACCAGAACCCGAGAUGCGAAUCAACAUACCUUGUAUUUGCCCAGACAUCUAAAGAUGUGAACCAGGACUACGGAUUUCGUAUUUUUAUACGAGGUUGCGCAGAGAACGCAUUCGGUGUUCAAAUAAGAGAUAGUAAUAAGUUGGCGAAAGUGGUCUGGGGAAAUGCGUCUGAGAAAUCUCUCAGUGAAAAAUGGUCACAUCUGCUUUUCACAUACAAGUAUUCUCUAGGCUUGACUGUGUAUUUCAACGGAGCUCAAGUGAGGAAUAAGGAAUCAUCAUUUCCCAAACCCUCAUUACGUGGGAGUCCCCUGCUGAAAUCUCUGCAGAUUGGCAACAUUGCUUCAGGCGACCUUGAAUCGUACAUUGACGACUUUGCGGCCUGGUAUCAUUACCUAUCCCCCGUCGAUGUGGAGAACGUGUUUCAUGAAGGUAUACAAAGAAACAGGUUCAUCUGAUCUUAGCUCAUGUACCCUGCUUUACAUUGGAAGUGUGCAUUAUCCACAAUGGAAGAGGCAAGAAAACGCACUCUCUUAUCUAAAUUCAUAGAGUUUGUUGUAAUAGCACUUUAUUUGCACCUCAUUCUAGAGACACAAGCAUGCUCAACUGUAGCUUUUUUCUAAAAUCGUUUAAAAUUUUCUAGAAGGUAUCGUAAUUAUAAUAAUAUUGUAGAAACAGUUUGUGACCUAAAGAAUUUUUACUUUGUACCUUGUCAUAAAUUAUACACGAAUAAGAAAUUGUUUUUUCUUUACGAAACAGUGUUUAAAAAAGAAAGCCUUUAAUUGCAAAGUGAUAUUUUAAGUUCAUUUUGAAUCUUGAAGCUAAAGAAACUUAUCUAGGGCCUAGGUUUUAUUUGGAACACAGUUUUGUAAAGAAUCAUUUCUAACGAUCCAAGCUGUGGUAUUCUAGAAGAGAAUUUUUAAGGUCUCAAACAGAAAUUCAUAAUAAGCCUCUGGUACCGCAAAAUUUAUAGUAUGACGUGUUUCCGCUGUCUGUGCUAUUUUUAAACAGAAUUGAUGUGAUUGACAUCCUUAAGAAUAAAUGUGCAUAAUUUAUCAGAGGGUAAAAACAAAUAGCCUUUAUCGAGGGUUGUCUUUUCUGCUGUUCAAAGCCUUCUCUGGUUUGGGAUCGAAAUAACUGACCAAAAAUUAAGGUGUCAUUCGUAAACGCAAACUGUUCAUGCACUACCAUUAUAAUUUUUGGCAAAGGCUCCAACACAAGUGAUCCCUAAGACCAGAGUCCAGAAAAGUUGUUAACCUUCCUCCAGACAAAAAACAUCUUCACACCUUCCUCCUUGGCAAACCUUCCUAGCAAAACAAUAGAAAGUGGGCAUGGCUUGGGUGUGUCGUAUGAGCUUCUAUUGUUUUUCGUGGACCUUCCUCCGGUCAGUGGCCGUGCGACCGUAAUGUUUUCUUGACUCUGCCUAUGACAUUUUCUGGGCUGUUUGGAUGUAUUAUCUGUUACGGCUAUGUGCCUUGGCUAAUAUGCCCUUUCAAUUUUCAUUCUUUUUAAGAUAUUUCUCGUCAUCUUCUAUUUCUUCCAUUUUCCAAACAAUUGCUAUUGUCUCUUGGUAAUAAUUAAUGAAAUGUCUCUGUCCGAAUCUAAACUAAUGUUAUUUUUCACCAAUGAGCAGUUCUAGUCAUCGCAUGUUUGAAAAUAACUAUUUGGUCUCUCCAUAAUUUUGAACUUAAGUCUGAUCAUUGUUGAGUAGAGUGUUUAAAUGCUCCCAACAAACGAUGAAAAUCACUCAGUUUCAACCAACGAUGAACGCUGUGUCGCACCACUAACCAUAUUUUAAGUUGUUUAAACUUUGCUGACCAUAGCUUCACAUCCCUCACCACACUGAAAAGCACUGGAGAGGGCCUAACAGCGCAAAUUGAAACACUGAAUUAGCUUCAAAGAAAUAGUGACAAUGACAGAACGAGCAAUUUUAAGGUUAUACUAAAUUUGCCGAUAAUAGAGACAAGUUAAAUUUUCUUAUUAGAAACUUUAUCAA